AUGGAUCUCAAAUCCCGUGCUCAACUGUUUCUGAACACAAUCGUGAACAAGCGGGAAACAUCCUCCAUUGCCUCCAUCCUCCAUCCAGACAUCGAGUUACGACACGAUGACCUCCCUCCAAUGUCAAAGCCAGAGUUUAUCGACUUCUGGCCCCAGCUGCUCGCGCAAAGUCCGGAUUUCACGGUGGAAAUCCUACGAGUGAUCACUGAAGGCUUACACGUGUGGGUCUAUUCUCGGGUCAAGGGACGACUUGGUGGAGGACUACUGGAUGAUGUUCAUAUUUUGGAUUUUGACGAGAAUGGAUUGUUGAUUAGAAGCAAGGGAAUGCAGAGGGAAAUCCAAGUACAUCCCGAGGACGAGAAGAAAGUUGAAGGAAAGUUGGGCUAG